UUUUUUCUCAAUCGUUCAAUCAUCUCUUGUAAGGGGCUGUUCUAGUUGAAAAAUGUCGAACCCUUCAUCUUUGACAAUCGCAACCUCUAGGGUUUCCAUUGGAGACGAAGAAGCACCAACUUGUUUCGAAGCUCUGGUGGUUGACGAUGAUGCGAAAAAGACAAAUGAUGACAGCGACGCAUAGGGAAAGCACUAUAAGUUUCUAUUUCUUUCUUGUGCUCUGCGUUGAUUUUUCAUUGGAACGCUCAAAUCUGUGAUCCAGUUCGCAAACAACCUGCGAUUGGGAUCGUACGAUCCAGAUCGCAAAUCGCCACCUCCUUAGCGAUUUCUGGUAACUUAGGUCUGGUUCCAAAUGCCAAGAUUUCUAUUUGUGGAUCAGAUGAUCAUUGAUUGCAUGGACAAGGUCUCUGGCUGAAGUAUAUGUUGUAGACCCCUCUGGACCAGUCUCUUGUUGUGUUGGCACUACAUUUUUCUGAAACCACAAGGACUGUCUAGUUAGAAGUAGACUACUCUGUGCUUAUUGCCAUGGCUGCUUCAGCAAAAACUCUCACAGUCGAGAAGCCAAAUCCAACUGGAGACUGGACAAUUGUUUUGCCUCGUCGUGGUAAAAAACAACGAAGAAAUCUCAAAUCUCAGAUCCUAGAACAAGAGCAACCAUGGGUUCCAAUCGACCAUGAGGUUGAUUCUGACAGAGAAUUGAAAUUGAUGCAGAAAAUGCAAGUCUGCAUGAAGAGAGUUGAGACCUCUCUCUUCUUCUAUACUUUUAUGGAUCAAACUCGGUCUCCUCAAAUCUUGGAUUGUCUUUCAAGGCUUCUGGGCUCUGAACCAAAGAUGAACAUGGUGAUAUAUGGUAUUGGUAGCAUUGACUCAUAUGACCCCCCUCGAUUUCAGCUUAGCCUUGCGAUUUUGAUGAAGAAAAUGUUCAGUUGGAUUGGAGAUCUAGAGGUGUUUGAUCCGAUUCUUUCUGGUACAGAAACUCGGGUUUUAGAAAGUCUUGGUUGUUCUGUUCUAUCAGUCAAUGAACAAGGUAGGCGACAAGCUUUGAAACCGACAUUAUUUUUCAUGCCACACUGUGAGGCAGAGUUGUAUGACAAUCUCCUGCAGGCAAAUUGGAGAUCGGACAUGUUGAACCGUAUAAUAUUGUUUGGGAACAGCUUUGAGACAUAUGAGCAAUACGGGUCGGUGUUUAAGAACUCGAAUGUUGUUAAUUUGAGGAAGCAUAUCUUGGCUGUUAGGAGAUUUACAAAAGAGUUUGGAAUCAAGACGGUUUCGGAUGAUUAUUUUCGAGCUUUUCAUGAUUUAAGUUGGCAUUUUUUCAGCAUUGAUCCAGAGAUGGAGCUGAAUAUUGUUUGAUUGAUUGAGCUUGGUGACUAGUGUUCUGAAUUAUUGAAUUGUCUAUUUCUUGCUUACAAUAAUCUUUUUAAGACCUGAUCUAUUUUUCUUUUCCAUUGUUUUAGGAAACAAACUCAUUGUUUUCAAUGCUUGUGUUUUGUUUUUGGUUUUGAGUGAAACUUUAUACUCUAAUAUGUGUGUGUAUAUAUAUAUAUAGGGUACAUUGGAUUAAGCUCAGCAGAUACAAAAUUAGAAUUGGAGUGGGUGGAUUGUAUGAGUCUA